AUGUGUGUCUACCUUUAUGGCUUCAGUGGACCCUUCCAGGAGGACCUCGAGUACCUGGCCCCCUUGGAUACUAGCUCUCAGCAUAAUGCAGCUCUCAGCAUAGUGCAGCUCUCAGCAUACUCCAGCUCUCAGCACACUCCAGCUCUCAGCACACUCCAGCUCUCAGCACACUCCAGCUCUCAGCACACUCCAGCUCUCAGCACACUCCAGCUCUCAGCACACUCCAGCUCUCAGCACACUCCAGCUCUCAGCAUACUCCAGCUCUCAGCACACUCCAGCUCUCAGCAUACUGCAGCUCUCAGCACACUUCAGCUCUCAGCACACUCCAGCUCUCAGCAUACUGCAGCUCUCAGCACACUCCAGCUCUCAGCACACUCCAGCUCUCAGCACACUCCAGCUCUCAGCAUACUCCAGCUCUCAGCAUACUCCAGCUCUCAGCAUACUCCAGCUCUCAGCACACUCCAGCUCUCAGCACACUCCAGCUCUCAGCACACUCCAGCUCUCAGCAUACUCCAGCUCUCAGCACACUCCAGCUCUCAGCACACUCCAGCUCUCAGCAUACUCCAGCUCUCAGCAUACUCCAGCUCUCAGCAUACUCCAGCUCUCAGCAUACUCCAGCUCUCAGCAUACUCCAGCUCUCAGCAUACUCCAGCUCUCAGCACACUCCAGCUCUCAGCACACUCCAGCUCUCAGCACACUCCAGCUCUCAGCACACUCCAGCUCUCAGCACACUCCAGCUCUCAGCACACUCCAGCUCUCAGCAUACUCCAGCUCUCAGCAUACUCCAGCUCUCAGCAUACUCCAGCUAACAGAAGAUAUUUCCUCGGCGCCUCCACCCGUGACCCAAAUACGUCCAGGUUGUUGACGGUGGUGACCUCCCAGCUCAAGAGGGCGUCGCUCACGGGCGUGGUGCGGCCCCCCGCCCCCACCUGCGGCACGUGGUGUAGCCCCCGCCCCCACCUGCGGCACGUGGUGUGGCCCCCGCCCCCACCUGCGGCACGUGGGGGCGUGGUGUGGCCCCCGCCCUCACCUGCGGCACGUGGGGGCGUGGUGUGGCCCCCGCCCCCACCUGCGGCACGUGGUGUGGCCCCCGCCCCCACCUGCGGCACGUGGGGGCGUGGUGUGGCCCCCGCCCUCACCUGCGGCACGUGGGGGGGUGGCGUGGCCCUCGCCUGCGGCACGUGGUGUGGCCCCCGCCCCCACGUGCCGCAGGUGGACCACAGAUUGUCUCACAUCUCGCUACCGUUGUUGUCAGGGAAGUAUGAGGAAGAAGCUGAGAUUCGGAUUCAUCUGAGAUCUGAGAUUCAGAUUCAUCUGAAGCUCAGAUCUCAGAAGCUGAGAUUGGCUCCUGGAGACACCAGAAGCCCUUAA